GGUCCAUAGAACAGGUGAUCAGAGUCUGAGAACUCCUGAAGAGUGAACAAGAUUGGAGGGAUUUCAGCUGUCUAGAGCAAGUCAGUAAAAGGCUGAAAGAGUACGUGUGGAUUCUGUUGUUGUACUUUGCCCAGACACGGAAGAAACAUGGCAGUGUUGAAGGCGGCCCUGGUGUUUGUGGCUGUGGCGGUUUUUCUGGCGUACUACUGUGACGAGCCCGUACCACAGGGCAUCGCAGAACCAAGACUGUUCGCUAAAGUAGUGGGCAUGAUGUUCAAAACAGCAAAGAACCUGGCUAAACUUGCAGAGUACGUCGGCGUAGGCACGCAGCCUCGUAACACCCGGUCCAUCGUGAACGCAUUGAUAGGCGUUGGUCUGAAGUUACAAGGCACGUCUUACCGAGAGGGACUGCAAAUUUCGGACGCCACGUUCAACGGGGUUAAAGUCCGAGUCUACACCCCUGAGUCAGCGGCGAAGAGUAGAACCAAAGUCCCGGGACUGGUGUUCAUCCAUGGAGGUGGCUGGGUUCUUCUGAAUGUUGAUGGCUAUGAUCCGCUAACGGCCCACAUUGCUAAACAGCUUGGGAUUGUUGUUGUGUCCGUGGAAUAUAGACUCGCCCCAGAACAUUUGUUUCCGGCUGCGUUUGACGACUGCGUUGCCGCUACAAAGUUCUUCCUCCAAAACGCGGAGCUGUACAACGUAGAUCGCACACGUAUCGGCAUCAGUGGGGACAGUGCUGGUGGGAACCUCGCCGCAGCAGUCACUCUCGCACUUACUAAAGAAAAGGGUCUUCCUAAGCUGAAGACACAGGCACUCCUCUACCCAGCUCUGCAGGCUCUAGACUUUAACACACCUUCCUACACCGACCAUGGUCAUCUCAACACUCUAACUAAAGAUUCAAUGGUAUCGUUUUGGCUGUGGUAUCUUAGCAAUGACUUGUCUUUUAAGGAGGUUUUCAAAACCAACAACCAUACGAGUGAGCAGCUUAAGAAAUCUCAGUAUGCCGGGUACGUGGAUCACAAAGUGGUCGUUAAAUCCGUAAAGAAGGGAAGCAUCAAAUUUCCCGAGAUUCCGAACGUAGCGAUCAUUUUGGACCCACGUUUUGCCCCGUUGAUGGCAGACGAUGCCGACUUCAAAGGUCUCCCAUCGACGUUUGUGAUGACGUGUGAGUAUGACGUUUUGAGGGACGAUGGCGUGAUGUUCGCCAAGAGGCUCCAGAAGGCUGGCGCCAAGGUCAGUCAUGAUCAUUACAAACAUGGCUUCCACGGCUUUCUUAACCAGUUCGAUGUUUAUGAGUCAGCAGGUACUGCAAUGCAAAACUACCUGGGGUAUCUAAAGAAGAACCUAUGAACCUUGUUCGCUUCUUUAGUUAUGCCAAGCUCAUUGGUUACGCUGUCGACCACUGUGAGACAUAACUGUGUGAACUCUAAUACAAUAAACAAGAAAUCGGAUAUUUCAGACUUCCUGGUAGUGUUUUUUUGGCUUUCUUAAUGCAUUAUGGAACUGUGGAGAGGAUUGUACAUGUACAUUUGUUUAACAGU